CCGAUGCCAAACAGUCGUAGUCGAAACGUUUCGCUGUUUGCUGCGUUUCAAGUGAGAGAUUUACAAAAAAAAAAAAAUAAUACACACAAAAUGCUGAAACCAGGGCUUUUUCACAUAGGCCUUUUGUUGGUGGUGCUGGGCCAAGCGCUGGCCGUUGACUACUCCAAUCCCAAGUCGCAGGUGGAAUAUAUAAGUGCGCAGCCAGGAGACAAGCCCAACAUUGUGCCAAUAACGCGGCCUCCGUUGCUUAACCAAACACCGCCGCCGCCGCCGGGCAACUCCAAGAAUUUUGCAUACAAUCCCAAAAGUCAAACCUGGACAAAGAUUGAUGCGCACGAUCCACAGCCGGAUGAAGAUACACUGGUCUGGAAUCAAAGCAAUGAUAAAUGGCUUACUAGAGUGCCAGGAUCUUAACCAAGAACACGCAACAAUAUUCGCGAACACGCACGCAAGUUUCGAUUAAAUCAACACGACACGCACGAAAAUUUAUAUCUCAAGCAAAGUGUUAAUCAAAUUAUUUACUUUUAUUUUAUUUUCGAAAUCUUAUAGAAAAUGCAUAUUUAUACACACUGUUUAUUACGCACAAUGCUAAUAAACGAUUGAAAAUAAAAAUGUA